CUGACAACCUUUUGUUUACUAUUCUUGUUGUGGUUUGCUAAAUCAGAGUUUAUAAAUGGGCAGGACUUCGAAGGACAAGCGGGACAUCUUCUACCGACUGGCCAAGGAGCAGGGAUGGCGUGCGCGGAGUGCCUUCAAGCUGCUCCAGGCGGAGGAGACGUUUCACUUAUUAGAAGGUCUCACCCGAGCCGUGGAUCUGUGUGCCGCUCCUGGCAGCUGGUCACAGGUGCUGGCCAAGCGCAUGUACGAGCCACUGCCUGCGGAGGAGCGGGAAAAGGUGAAAAUCAUCGCAGUGGACCUGCAGGGAAUGGCUCCAAUUGAAGGAGUCACACAACUUCGGGCGGAUAUCAGCAAGGAGUCAACGGCGGAGGCCAUCAUCGAGUUCUUUGGCGGCGAGAAGGCACAGAUUGUGGUCAGCGAUGGAGCUCCCGAUUCCACAGGCAUGCACGAUUUCGAUGCCUACGUUCAGGGCGAGCUGCUCCUCUCCGCCCUCAGCAUUUCCACUUUCAUCCUGGAAGAGGGCGGCUCCUUUGUGUCCAAAAUCUACCGGGCGGACAGGACCAGCCGGUUGUACAGCCAACUCAAGCGCUUCUUCAAGGACGUGUGUGUGUUUAAGCCAUCCGCUUCACGGAAUUCCAGCAUCGAAGCUUUUGUGGUGGCCAGACAGUUUUGUCUGCCUGAAGGAUACAAACCCUGCAAUCUUAUAAACGAAUGGCACGAUCAUCCAGAGACGUGGGUGUGCAGGAAAAAGGAUAAUCCGCCCGUUGUUCAUGUUCCCUUUGUCGCCUACAAAGGUGAUCUGGAUUCGGAUCGCACUUACGACUUGGGCGAGGACUAUGUUUAUAAAGAGCCGGUACAACAGCCUUUGACUGCCGCCUAUCAGGAUAUCCUGAAGAAAACCAGCCAAGUCAACAUCAAAUACGAAGGCAUACGAGUUGUUCAUGACGAGGAAUUGUUUAAGGAGUGGCAGGAUAAUGGACCUCAGGACUCAAAACUUUAACAAAAUA